GUUCCCACUCCGGGAUCCUGCGCCUUCCCCUCAAGCUGCCACUCCCAGUUGGCUCCAGGCAGCGCUGCCCUCCCUCCUCCUCCUCCUCCUCCUCCUCCUGCAGCCGAGCCGGCUCUGGGGCCGCCGGCGGGAGGGAGCCCCGCACGCCGCCACCGGGUGGUGUUUCUUUGAGAAAUAGCUGAACAUCAGUAGAUUAUGACUGUGAAAAAUCCUGCAAAGAGGCUCUUCAGAUACAUAUUUGCUUUACUGAAACACUCAUAAUGGAGCAUUUCAUAACCAAAGAAAAGCGUAUCAAAGAUGCUAAAAGAAUCUUCUUCUUUUUUAUUUUACUGUGUCUAAUUACCUCUGUUUGCUCCGAUCAAGACUACUACAGUUUACUUGGAAUAUCUAGAGCAGCAACGAGCAGAGAAAUAAGGCAGGCUUUCAAGAAGUUGGCAUUGAAGUUGCAUCCUGAUAAGAAUCAGAAUGACCCAGUGGCCCACGAAAACUUCUUAAAAAUAAACCGAGCGUAUGAAGUGUUAAAAGAUGAAGAUCUGCGAAAGAAGUAUGAUAAAUAUGGUGAGAAAGGUCUAGAAGAUCACCAACAAGGAGGCGGAUAUGAAAGCUGGCACUAUUAUCGCUAUGAUUUCGGGAUUUAUGAUGACGAUCCUGAAAUUGUAACACUGGAUAGAGGAGAAUUUGAUGCUGCUGUUAAUUCUGGAGAACUGUGGUUUAUUAAUUUCUAUUCCCCUCGAUGUUCUCAUUGCCAUGACUUAGCACCAACGUGGAGAGAAUUUGCUAAAGAAAUGGAUGGAUUAAUACGCAUCGGAGCUGUAAAUUGUGGCGAUAACAGAAUGCUUUGCCGACAAAAAGGGAUCAAUAGCUAUCCAAGCCUGUAUGUUUUUAAAACUGGAAUGAAUCCAGCAAAAUACUUUGGGGACAGGUCAAAGGAGAGUUUAAUGAGCUUUGCCAUGCAGUUUGUUACCAGCACAGUGACGGAGUUAUGGGCAGGAAAUUUUGUUAAUGUUGUAGAAACUGCAUUUGCUUCUGGUGUUGGCUGGCUAAUCUCCUUUUGCAGUGAUCGUGGAGAUUGUUUAACCUCUCGAACACGCCUUAAAUUGGCUGGCAUGUUGGAAGGCCUUGUUAAUGUAGGCUGGAUGGACUGUGCCACCCAGGGUGAGCUUUGUGAUAAUUUGGAUAUCUCAUCUAGCACUACAGCAUACUUUCCACCUGGAGCCACCUUAACUAAUAAAGAGAGAGGAGGUGUUUUGUUCCUGAAUUCGUUGGACGCGCGAGAGAUAUAUCAGGAAGUCAUGCAGCACCUUCCAGACUUUGAAAUGAUCCCUGCAGCUACACUAAAGGACCGCGUUGCCCAUCACCGAUGGCUGAUAUUUUUUCUGUUCGGCGAGAGUGGCAAGUCUAAUGACCAUGACUUUAAAAAGCUAGGUUUUCUACUUAAAGCAGAAAACAUUCAGGUGGGCAGAUUCGACUGCCUGACGGCACCCAACAUGUGCAACGAUCUGUACAUUUAUCAGCCGUGCGCAGCUGUUUUUAAAGGAAGGGGAAUAAAUGACUAUGAAAUUCAUCAUGGGAAGAAGAUUCUGUACGAUAUUUUGGCCUUCGCCAAGGAGAGCGUAAACUCUCACAUCAUCACUCUCGGGCCUCAGAAUUUCCCUGGCAAACCGGAGGAGCCGUGGCUUGUUGACUUCUUCGCACCAUGGUGUCCUCCUUGUCGAGCUUUGCUCCCUGAAUUGAGGAAAGCAUCAAAGCAACUGUAUGGUCAGCUGAAAUUUGGGACGUUAGACUGUACAGUUCAUGAAGGGAUUUGCAACAUGCACAACGUUAGAGCUUAUCCUACAACUGUGGUAUUCAACCAGACUGACACCCAUGAAUACGAAGGACAUCACUCCGCUGAGCAGAUUUUGGAGUUUGUUGAGGAUCUCAUGAAUCCAUCAGUAGUUUCUCUAACACCGGAGACCUUCAGUGAGCUAGUGAAGAAAAGGAAAAGUAGCAACAUCUGGAUGGUUGAUUUCUACGCUCCGUGGUGCGGUCCUUGCCAAGCUUUAAUGCCAGAAUGGAAAAGAAUGGCCAGGCUGCUGAAUGGAAUGAUCUCCGUUGGCAGCGUGGACUGUCAAAAAUACUUCUCUCUCUGCCAUCAAGAAAACAUUCAAGGCUAUCCUGAAAUAAGGCUCUUCCCACAAACAUCAGUUUCAUCUCAUCAGUACUACAGCUACAAUGGCUGGCACAGAGAUGCCCAUUCUCUGAAAAGAUGGGGACUCGGAUAUUUGCCUCGAGUGUCUCUGGAUCUGACUCCUCAGAGUUUCACUGACAAAGUCCUGAAUGGAAAAGAUCACUGGGUUGUUGAUUUUUACGCUCCUUGGUGUGGCCCUUGCCAGAAUUUUGCUCCGGAAUUUGAGAUUUUAGCUAGGACGGUCAAAGGAAAAGUGAAAGCCGGGAAAGUUGACUGCCAAGCCUAUGGUCAGACUUGUCAAUCUGCUGGCAUCCAAGCAUAUCCAACGGUUAAGUUUUAUCCCUAUCAAGGAACAAAGAAAAAGAAAGAUGCUUUUGGAGAACACAUAGAUAGCCAAGAUGUGAAGGUCAUAGCUGAUCUACUGCUCAACAAAGUUGAAGAUAUUAAAAAUAAGAGAAAAGCCUCCAGAAACAAGGAUGAACUCUGAGUGAUGGAGCAGAUUCGAAGCCUACCAACAUUGCGGCAACAAGCAUACACUAGAUCAUGUUCGUAGCAGAAAAAGAAGAAGAGCGGGCACCCUGGAGGGAUUCAUUCUUGGAUGCUCAGUUUGCCUCUACAAAUGCUACCAAAUGUGUUCUCAAACAUCCAAAGCGUCUAUGCCUAAUGAAGGGAUAGGUUGGCUCCAUACAACCAUUUCAUCUGGAUUGAUGACGGUGACUGCUUCGUUCUAUUCAUACGGAGGAUCUAGACAAAGAUGUUAUCCGUUCCUUUACACUCCACCAUUUAUCACAUUUUUUAAUCCGUCAUCUUUUUUUCCCAAUCUGAUUUGUGACUUUUGUAUGUCAUUUCAUACAAACUUGCUGCAAUCGUCAAAGAGCUGUUGAAGCAUCCUGGGGCUACUGUCCGUUUACAUUCUUUUCAUGAAAAAAAAAACCAGCAUCUUGUUCUCCUUCUGGUGCCCUCAAGUUCCUAGAAUGGAACAUUAAAAUUUGCCCAGGCAGAAGAGAGAAGGAUUUAAAAAUAAAUAGGAUUUAAAAUACAUCAAAUAGGAUUUAAAAAUAAAUGAUGCUCAUGAUUGCAUCAGUAUGAUGUUGCGGUCAUGAAAAAUAAGACUUUUAUUCUGUUGGCCAAUGAGUGUGCGUAACUUUUUUUUCAUGGCAGUUAUCAUAAUUUUUCGUUAUUAUCAUUUAAAAAAAUUACAAACUAUUGCAGUUUCAGCAAGGGGCAAAAGGAGUCAUAAAAGAAAUGCUGCCCUGCCUAGAUCUAUUGUCUGUUGCAGUGCUUGAGCAUCUGACUCUGAGCAGUGGGAGCAACUGAGGAGAGUUCUGGGAGAAAUCAAGUAUUUGCUGCAUGGAGCUGACUUUCAUGCCAGUGUAAAGAUUAUGAUCUUGCCCUUGAGUUGGGCAUUGCCUGAUUUUUAAGAGUGAAUAUAGCACUAUUUUAAGCUCACUGCAGAAAACGAAUCCUUCCGUACCAGAUGUGGACCUACCCAUAGACUCUGGCAGACAUUGUGAUGAUACACUACUUGCAUUACCACUAAGGCUUUUUUGUUUGAUGACUUGGGCUGCCAUAAGGAUACUGUAGGAUGUCAGCCUUCUCAAUCUAUUUUUCUGCAAAACAGUCUUUUCUGUGCUACAAAAAGCCCGGUGGAUGGACUUAUGUGGGAAUUGGGAAAAACUAAACUGCAUAUUUUUUAACAAGGGGAACAGUCUGAUCAGCAUUUUUUACCUCAAUACUAUUUUUUACUGUGUGUUGUUUUCUUAGUGUGGGAUUCACUGGGUAGAGCGUUAGUUUGAGGGAGCCCAGGUGCCUUAACCAUUUGAUCACCUGUCCUCUAGAAAGCUGCUUCUGCCAACCUGAAGACUCUUUUAAGGGCCCACCUGCCCAAGCUGUUCAGUGCAUGGCAGCCAAGGAGAAAGCCUUGCCCACGUUGACUCUCAGCUUGCAAUUUUGGUACACGACUGCAAACCUUUAAAAAAAGCCCCAAAUUUACAAUGAUAAGCAAAAGGCCAAAACCAGCAGGGGGCAGCACAUGUUUACUACAGAUUGAGCAAGAAGCGACAUGCUUGAAACUACUGUUCUGACGGCCUGUAACUAUGCUGUGUUGUAUUUGUAUUUUUGAAACUUGCAGGUGGGGGUGGAUGAUAACAUUCUUUAUAAUUAUUUUUAAUGGGCAAGGCUUUUCAAUGGGCUCGAAAACUGCGAUGAAAACAGGCCAAUCACUCCUAUCCUGAUGCAUUCUAGUUGAAGCAAGCCACCUGUGUUUUCCCUCAAAACAGAAAUAUACAAGAAACCGACCGGUAUCUCUCACACACAAACCAACUCUGAGUUGCAUCUUCAUGCUUUUCUGUCAGCUUAAAAGUACAGUCAUGGCCAGUUCUUUUCAGUAAAUCUGUCUUCUUUUAGUGAUAGUGCCCCAAGUUGUUUGUUUGAGGCAUUUGUUCAAUCUGUAUGUCACUUAAAAAAAAUAGCACUGUAAUGUGUAAAUCUGGCUUAUUGCAGAAUUUCAAGUGCCUUUGGAAUUUCUAAACAUUCAUAUCAAUCACUUUUGCAAGGGUUGGUAAUUACUGCGGAUUACUUGAGAAAUUCUCAUUGUAAAUCUCAGUUUGUUCAAACCAAGCUUUUUUUGCUCAACACUUGCCCAAAGUUUAACACGUUCUUGCAGGUUAGUAGCUGUACUGGUCUGUUCAAGAUCAGAUUCUUCAAAGGACUGAGAAUUUUUUUCAUACCCUGGGUGGGAUCCAGCACAACAUUUCUGUUUGUGCUACAUAAGUGGAAAUCAAACAAAAAUACCAUGGUAGCAGCUCUUGCUAAGUCAAACUUAGUGCAAAAUAUUGUUCAACUAAUUUCUGGGAGGAAAGUACCAUGCAUUGCACAUAGACUUGUACAAAUGGAACUAAACUAAGUCAGUUUAUGUUGCCCGUAGCAAAUCGCAGGAUCCAAGCUUCUGUUAAUACGGGACACGGAUUAUUUUGACAAGCAUGGGCACAGAGUUUGGCUGGAGUCAUCACUAGCCAUUUUCUCUCUAAAGGGGAAACCAUCUGUUCUUUUGCUUAUGUCACGUUUUCAGCUAUCCCACUGGAAAUCUAGGAGUUGCUCUCUAGUGUGUUCCUUCACUACCAGAUACAAAACCACUUAACAAAUAUGAUUAGGCUGUUGUACUCUUUUUGAGGGGGCAUUUUGUGAGAGUAAUUGCUGUAUAUGUUGCAUCUUCUGGAGGCCUGUUUCAUAUUUUCAAAAUAUGGUAAUAAAUGGUCCUGUCCUUUUAA